GCCUCCUCCGGGCGGCCCUCCGGGAUGCUGCAGAAGCGGGAGAAGGUGCUGCACCUUCGGGCCUUCCGGGGCCGGCCUGUCCGCAUCGUGCGGGAGCAUUACCUGCGGCCCAGCCUGCCCUGCCACAGCCCCCUCUGCCCAAGGCCCCGACAGUGUGCCAACGAUGGGAAACUUCUGUCCGGGGACGUGACACACUACGUUAUUCCUGAUUGGAAAGUGGUUCAAGACUUCCUGGAGGUCCUCGAGUUUCCGGAGUUGAAGGGGAUCAUCUUCAUGUACACGGCUAGCCAAGCCGUGCAGCAUCAGAGAGGACGGAGGCAGUACAACAAGCUGCGGAACCUCCUGAAGGACGCCCGGCAUGACUGCAUCCUCUUUGCUAACGAAUUUCAUCAGUGCUGCUAUGUCCCGAGGGUGCAAGGAGAGUCUAUGGAAAAGUGGCAGACUAGGAGCAUCUACCAUGCAGCCGUGUGGUACCAUGGACACUGUGAGGGGAAGAUGCCAGUUGUCAUGGUGACGGAAGACGAAGAGGCCAUCCAGAAGUAUGGAAGUGAAACAGAAGGCGUUUUUGUGAUCUCAUUCAAGGAUUAUCUGGGCAGUUUCUGGCCUGACCUAAAGGCCGCCCACGAGCUCUGCGAUUCCAUACUUCAGUCUCGGCACGAGAGGGAGAGCGAAAGUCUGGAGAACCAUGGGAAGGAGUAUCCGGAACACCUGCCUCUGGAAGUAUUGGAGGCCGGGAUCAAAUCCGGGAGAUACGUACAGGGCGUCCUCAACGUCAACAAACACCGAGCACAAAUCGAAGCUUUCGUUCGACUCCAAGGAGCCAGCGGCAAAGAAUCAGACCUGCUCAGCGACAUCCUGGUUCACGGGACGAAGGCGCGGAACCGCUCGCUCCACGGCGACGUGGUGGUGGUGGAGCUGCUGCCCAGGCGGGAGUGGAGGGGCCGCACGGCUGCCCUGGGAGAGAGCGAAAGUGACGAGAAGACGGGUGGAGAGGGGCCCGCCGAGCCCAUGCCCACAGGGCGAGUGGUGGGGAUCCUUCAGAAGAAUUGGCGGGAUUACGUAGUGACGUUUCCAUCCAAGGAAGAGCUCCAGUCUCAGGGCAAAAACAGCCAGAAGAUCCUGGUCACCCCGUGGGAUUACCGGAUUCCCAAAAUCCGCAUCAGCACCCAGCAGGCCGAAGCGCUUCAGGACUUCAGGGUGGUGGUGCGUGUUGACUCCUGGGAGUCAACGUCCGUGUAUCCAAAUGGACACUUCGUUCGCGUUUUAGGAAGAAUCGGAGACCUCGAAGGGGAAAUUGCAACAAUCCUGGUGGAGAACAGUAUCUCGGUGUCACCCUUCCCGGAAGCCCAGCUGAGCGAGAUGCCGGUCGACACCCCGGAAAAGCCGUGGAGGGUGAGCCCCGAGGAGGAGCAGGUGCGCGCUGACUUGAGGAAAACCCACCUCGUGUUCAGCAUCGACCCCAAGGACUGUGAAGACGUGGAUGACGCCCUGUCCGUGAGGACCCUGGAAAACGGCAACCUGGAGCUUGGGGUUCAUAUUGCGGACGUGUCUCAUUUCGUGACCCCGAACUCCUACACCGACCUGGAAGCUAAAACGAGGGCCACCACCUAUUAUUUAGCCGAUCGGCGCUACGACAUGUUGCCCUCUAUCCUGAGCGCCAAUCUGUGCUCGCUCCUCGGCGGAGUCGACCGGUACGCCGUCAGCGUCACGUGGGAACUGGACCGCACCUCGUACGAGAUCCAGAAGGUCCGGUUCGGGCGGAGCAUCAUCCGCUCGGCCUACAAGCUGUCGUACGAGACGGCCCAGACCCUCCUGGACGGGGACCCGGCGGCGGCAGACGCCAUCCCCGAGCUGAGGGGCCUGGACGGGGAGACGCGGCGGCGCCGGCUGGAGGAGCUGGGCCGGGCGGUGCGGACGCUGACGGCGGCGGCCCGCCGGGCCCGCGCUCGGAGGGCCGGGCGCGGGGCGCUGGAGCUGGAGGGCGUGGAGGUGCGCGUCCAGCUGGACCGGGACAACAACAUCCACGACCUGAUCCCCAAGCAGCCCCUGGAGGUCCACGAGACCGUGGCCGAGUGCAUGAUCCUGGCCAAUCACUGCGUGGCCACCAAGAUCUGGAAGACCUUCCCGCACCGGGCCCUGUUGCGCCGACACCCGGCCCCGCACCAGGAAUUCUUCGCCCAGCUGAGGACCUGUGCCGGGGCCAAGGGCUUCGCCAUCGACACGCGGUCCAACAAAACGCUAGCCGACUCCCUGGAUAAAGCAGAAGACCCCGAAGACCCUCUUGUGAAUCGAUUACUGAGGUCCAUGGCCACUCACGCCAUGUCUAACGCGCUGUACUUCUCCACGGGAUCGUACUCCGAGGAAGAAUUCCAUCAUUACGGACUUGCACUGGAUAAAUACACCCACUUCACCUCUCCGAUCAGAAGAUACUCAGACAUCGUGGUGCACCGAUUACUAAUGGCAGCAAUCGCAAGAGAGAAGCAGCUAGGCGAUAAAGAGCAUUUACUCAGCAACAAAGAUCUGGAGGAGUUAUGCAAACAUAUCAAUAACAGAAACAGGGCCGCCCAGCGUUCCCAGAAAGAGUCCACGGAGCUGUUUCAGUGUAUGUAUUUCAAAGACAAAGACCCCGCCACAGAAGAACACUGCACAGCAGAUGGCAUCAUUUAUUCAAUUCGAACCAACGGGGUGCUCGUGUUUAUUCCCAGGUUUGGCAUCAAAGGUGCCGCCUACCUGAGAAACAAAGAGGGCCUAGUGGUCUCUUGCCGCCGCGACGGAAGCUGCGAGUGGAAGCCGGGGUCCGUCCAACGCUUCCAGAACAAAAUCACUUCCACCGCAACGGGGGGCGACUCCGUCACGUUCAGCAUGUUCGACCACGUCACAGUCAGGAUUUCGGUCCAGACGUCCCGCUGCCACAGAGACACCGUCAGGCUGGAGAUCGUCAGCAAGAAGCCGUACCGGUCGGCGGAGGCGGCCCUCCCUUCUCAGGGUUCCCACUGGGCGACCAAGAGCGAUUUAGUCCGAGAAGUGACCCAGUCGGCAGCUCAACUCGCCCAAGAGGCCGCGGAGACCCAAGUCAGCCAGAAAGACAACCAGGAAUAUCGCCAGACAAAGGGGGACAGUCUCUAUCUCCUCCUGGAAGAGAUAAAAGACCUCUCUCUCAUGGACGAGUCAGCGAGCUAUGCGAAGAAAAUACAUCAGCUCCAUUGAAGGAGCUUUGCCUUAAAUUGAA